CCUUUCACUUGCGGCGAACUAGCGCAGCACGGCGCACCGCGUACACCAGUUGCAUACACCGUGAAGCGAUGCUCGUGUGGAAAGGUUUUACGUGGCAAUGUAGGGUCCCUCGCGGGACGAUCGUGCUGUAUUUAUUAGUGUUUUGUCAAUUGUCCGUUCUUGUUGGGACGCAGCAGCAACCUCCACCGCAGCAACAACAGCAUCCCCCACCGCAGCAACAACAACAGCAACAUCCGCCACCGCAGCAACAACAACAGCAACAUCCGCCACCGCAGCAACAACAACAACACCAACAGCCGCCUCCCCCGCAACAGCAACAGCACCAACAGCCGCCUCCACCGCAACAACAGUAUCAGCAGCAGCCGCCACCACCACCACAGCAGCAUCCACCGCAACAGCAGUUCCAGCAGCAGCAACCGCCUCCACAACAAUUCCAGCAGCAGCAACCUCCUCCACAGCAAUUCCAGCAGCAGCAACCUCCUCCACAGCAAUUCCAACAACAUCCGCCUCCCCAGCAGCAGCAUCAUCCGCAACAAUUCCAGCAACAGGCGCCGGUUCCCCACGACAUUGGAGGUCAACAUCCGCCACCGGUUCAGCAUCCGCCGGCCAUUGGACUGCAGGACAUCCCCGAACACGACCGACCAUGGUACGAAUCGCUGCCAGCAGUUGCGAUGGACUACAAGGUGCACAUCGAUGCCGGCAAGGAGGAUUGCUACUUCCAGUACGUCCAGCAAGGCAGUACGCUGUACGUGAGCUUCCAUGUGAUCCGCGGUGGUGAUGGAAUGGCCAAUUUUGCAGUACGUAAUCCGCGCGGUGAAUUCGUCCAUCCGUACCAGUGGCAAUCGUCCAGCGAUUACACGGACGGUGCCGCGAUGGGUGGAUUCUAUGCCGUGUGCAUCGAUAAUCAGUAUUCGCGGUUCGCCAGCAAGCUGGUCAAUCUUUACAUUACCGUAAUCCGGUACGAAGAGUGGGAAAAGUUUACCAAGGAGAUAGAAGACUUGAAUGUGAACAUGGACAACUUUACGACAACGAUUUCGACGGUGGAACGAAAUCUCAACGCCAUGUUCCAGUAUCAGGCCCAUUCGCGCAACAACGAAGCCCGUGACUAUGCGCUCAUUGUAGACAACAAUGCGUACAUCUGGAAAUGGUCUGUGCUGCAGAUUCUGGUGAUCGUAUUCACGACCUCGGUGCAGGUGUACUUUGUGCGGAAACUAUUCGACAUUAAGACGGGCAGUGGCAAGAGUCGCAUUUAAA